GGGACUCCUAGCAGGGACUUUGGAGUGACUAGUGGUCUCAGCAGGAGCCCUGUGAUCUGGCUCCUCUGAUCUCGCCCUGCGAUGGUGUCUUUGCCUUGGCUGUGCGCGCUCUGGGGCUGCUUGUUGACAGCGGUCCAGCUAGGACAGUGUCUUACGUGCAGUGACAAACAGUACCUCCACAAUGGCCGGUGCUGCGACUUGUGCCAGCCGGGAAGGCGACUGACAAGCCACUGCACAGAUCUUGAGAAGACCCAGUGCCACCCAUGUGACUCAGGCGAAUUCUCAGCCCAGUGGAACAGGGAGAUCCGCUGUCACCAGCACAGACACUGCGAACCCAAUCAAGGGCUUCGGGUUAAGAAGGAGGGCACCGCAGUGUCAGACACUGUCUGUACGUGUAAGGAAGGCCGACACUGCACCAGCAAGGAUUGUGAGGCGUGUGCUCAGCACAUGCCCUGUGGCCUUGGCUUUGGAGUUGUGGAGAUGGCCACCGAGACCACGGAUACCGUCUGUCGUCCCUGCCCAUAUGGUUUCUUCUCCAAUCAGUCAUCACUUUCCGAAAAGUGUCAUCCUUGGACAAGCUGUGAGGAUGAGAACUUGGUUGUCCUACGGGAAGGAACGGAUCAGACUAAUGUCAUCUGUGGUUUACAGUCCCGGAUGCGAGCCCUGCUGGUCAUUCCCGUCGUGAUGGGCAUCUUCAUCACCAUUUUCGGGGUGUUUCUCUAUAUCAAAAAGGUGGUCAAGAAACCAAAGGAUAAUGAGACCUUACCCCCUGCAGCUCGACGGCAAGAUCCCGAGGAGAUAGAAGAUUAUCCCGGUCAUAACACCGCUGCUCCAGUGCAGGAGACGCUACAUGGGUGUCAGCCUGUGGCACAGGAGGAUGGUAAAGAGAGUCGCAUCUCAGUGCAGGAGCGUCAGGUGACAGACAGCAUAGCCUUGAGGCCCCUGGUCUGAAUGCUGGAACUGCUUUGGAGGCGAUGGCUCGGGAGCAGGGGCCUGGCUCUGAGGACUGCUUGCUGACCUGUGAAGUUUGAGAGGAUCCAAGACAGAGCCCAGUGCAUCUAACUCUCAUGCCUGGCCCCUGUCAUUUCUCGACUUGCUUUUUAAGGAUGGAGGGAAAGCUCGGGCGUCGGGGGUUCGCAGUGAUACCUACCAAGUGCAGCAGUGCAGGACCCAGAGAUGUCUUGCUGCGGCUUUCACUGUAAGGAAUCAUGGACACAGGAGUCCGUGGCUAGCGGCUUGUGUUGCUAGAGGGCACCUGAUUGCCCAUCAGCAGGGCACUGGCUAAAUAAAUUUGUAAUUAUUUAUAC